CCAAACAAGUUCUCGAUUAAUCUGUGAAGAAUUACCAAGUUCUAACAAGUUAAGGUUAGAAGCGACGAGACUAUUGGCCACUACCAAUUACACGGGCAGAAAGUAACGAAGUGGGAAAAGCGUAACGAUAUCAUCUUCCAGUGGAAUGAUCUGGCCGAGUAGACCGUAGUCAAGUUGCUUGGCUACAAAAUCGUAUCGUGAGUCGGGUGCAUGUCACUUGCACCAGUCGGUCGUGAGAAAGGGACGGAACAAGUGUUGAGGUAACAUGGCGGCGCAUUGGAACGUGCCACAGUGAUGCAGCUAACGCGCAACGAGAUCGUUCAUAUUGAGUGACCAAAGAGAUUGUGGCCUCGCACGCUAAAACAUCCGUCUGGCCAAAUGACAUGGGAAUUUGUAAUCUCCUGCUGACAAUAUGCAUCUUACAACUCAUCACUACAGUAGAACGCCAGGUCUUCGACUUUCUGGGCUUUAUGUGGGCACCGAUACUGGUCAAUUUUUUCAACAUUAUAUUUGUAAUCUUGGGGUUCUUUGGGGCUUUUCAAUAUAGACCUAAAUAUAUCAUAUCAUAUUGCAUAUGGAAUACAUUAUGGUUGGGGUGGAAUAUAUUCAUGAUAUGUUUCUAUCUCAAUGUGGGUAUACUGGAUAAAAAUAGUGAUAUUUUAAAUCUUGGUACUGGUAGCUUUUCUUGGUGGCAUGUCAAUGGACCAGGUUGCAAAGCUAUUUAUGAUGUUACUGAACCAGAAUUAUUUAGACCAGCCCGGCCUACAAAUGUGACGGAUUGCGUGCUAGAUUAUGAAGUAGUUGAAAUUUUACAUGCAUCUACUCAAUGCAUCUUAGGUUUUAUUGCAAUAGUGGGUGGUAUUUGUCUAAGUAAAGUUUUCCUAGAAGAGGAUGAUAGCUUUGACUUUGUGGGAGGUGAUGACUUUGGGUCGGCAGGCCACACGCCGUUGCGUCCUAUGUACGUUAGCUACUCGGCUCUUCCAUCACCUGCCCACCCUCACAAAAAUUCCGCUCAAAAUUACCCCGCAGGCACAGCUAGCUCUCAUCAAUCCGUUUGUCACGAUACCAGCUUCCCAAAACAUAACGAUAAAACGUUUAACAGCUCUGGACGGAGCAAAUGUAGUUUCAGAAACGACACGAUCAGAACUGAACGAAGCAAUCUAUCUUGUCGCGACUUAAAGUAUGUUGAUUACUCAAACGACUAUUCGAACCCGUUGGAUCAUUUGCAGAGGCCCGUGUCUCCGUAUGAUGAAUACGAUUCAUUGGACAGUGCCGCAAAAUUGAAGUAUCAGAAAAAUAAAUUGUACUAUCCGCACUCGUCUAAAUAUAGUCCUGUUGCAUCACCGCGUGUCAAAUCUCGCCCUGCCGCUGCAAAACAAAGUAAAGCCUCCAACAAACCUAGAGUCUUUACCGAUCACGUUCGCGAACAGUCGAUGAGGUCGUUUUAUUCUGAUCCAAGAUUGGCAAUUGAAAGUCAACAGAACGUGAAUGACCAAGAGAAGCAGAAUAGGUCUAAAAGAGACAGUAGACCUUUGUCGUUGUAUGCCACCCAAGCUAAACGGAAGAAGAAGCAACCGCGACCUCUGUACAGUAUCGAGUACUCUCAACCAGAGCCCACGGUUCACGACGAUAGCGUAUCUCCAAAGCCAAUGACUCCUCGUAGAGUGAAGAGAAGAUCGGUAAUCUCUCGGGAUGGAACAAGAAGGUCUAGCAGAAGAAGUUCCGUGAGACAGUCCCGCAGGAAGAACCCUGUGAACAGGAUCAUGGACCAUCAAGAAAGUCUAUAUGCCAAUACAGCACCCAGCAAUCUUACCAACCAGAACGUGAACUCGUUGUCUCAAGGCACGCUCAACUAUGAUAGGAUAUCUAUGAGUUGGGACAGAGAUAGAAAUUCAAAUUGGCAGCCUGAAGCUGUGAAUAUGGCUGUGUCCUCUCCCACAUUAUGGAACCAAGAUUCGUCAAACAAUUAUUCUAAUACUAGUAAUUAUACAAACCAAAAUUAUCCCAACUGGGAUGCUAGUAGCUCUACUAGGAAUCUUACCGAUAAUUGGCAGCCAAGCGAAUUGAGUCCAAUGCAGUGGCAGGGUCAGAGCAAUCCCACUUUCCAACAGACUAGUACGCAGAGCUUAAAUGGGGAAGAUUUGGACGAGAUCUAUAAUAAUCGACCAGCCAGUGCUAGGUCCAGUUAUAGUAAUUAUCACGGGGUGAGGGCCACACCCCAGGUUCCCAAUAGAACGGAUAUCGUUAGACAGAGCCAGAGACAGUUCGUUCUCAGUGGACCCCCUGCUUAUCAGGACACGGUGAUCUGAGAGGUUUAAUAGAGGAUUCGGAGACCUGCGUUUGGUGGAUGUUUAGUUGUCGAGGAUACCAAUUCGAUGGUGGUGUAUUUUAAUGCGUAAUUUUUUAAAUUGUGAUAGUUUUAUCGUAAUACUUGGAAAUAACGAUAGAUUCGGGUAGAUUUGUUUAGAUGUAAAACUGAUGUAUUUUAAUUUCGUUCUUGGGAGGAAAUUGAUACUAAACGUUCAAUGGAAACGUGGGCCGAUUUUUUGAUAACUUAUAGUUACUAUAUUCUUAUACUGUAAUUGUUACUGUUAGGAAGCAGGAAGUAUUUGUUACUUCUCUGAUCGAUCAAGCUUUACUCGAAAACGGGGAUGCAAUUCUCUGCAUCUUGUUAUACGUUACGACAGAUACCUCUAAAGUUUAUCAACUUUCAGAGAGAUUUCGCGAUACUUCACCGAUCUCGUAGCGACGAUCUACAUUUCUAAGCUCCGCCUUUUUAUCUCAGGACGUUCCCUCGCUUUUUUAACAAAUAUUUAAAAGUCGUGUUUCGUGCAUUUUGCGAUAUAUCUGAGUCGAUAAGACUUUAUCGCAGCUGCAAUGUGGGACGAUAAAAAGUUGUAUCUUUUAUACGAAAAAUAGGAUUCGUGCAUCACUUGAAAUAACAUAUUCGUUGUUCUACGAUAUCUUGAAAUUUCUUUGUUCCACGAUUUUUUAAUUAACCACUCACAAUUAACGCGAUUAUU